AAUAUGGCGACGACUAAACAAUUUGUGUAGUCGACAGUGCAAUAGUUUUUGAGGAAUAACUUGGAGACUAUACUUUAUCACGCGUUCAAAUUUCAUAGGGCGAUUGCAGAGGAUUCGAAGAGUCAAGUGUCAAGAUGGGACGCGGAAGUACAAAUAUGGGUCAGAACACCCCUGGCCUUCUGCUGGAGUGUGAAACCGAGGAGCUGUCCCAGGCACAGAUCAGCAAGAAGAAGAAAGCUCAGGAUGAUAUUCACCGACUCCAUAUCUUACUAAAUAACACACUGAAUAAUGUACAGUCUGAUAAUAAUGGGACUCAAGGCAUGGUGAAUGGAGGCAGUGGGGUGCCAGCUGGACAGGUGGUGACCACAGCCAGUCAACCAAUCACUAGUGGCACAAAUGUGGUUGGUCUGCAAAUGCCUCAUUUCUUGCUCCUCCAAAAUGGCCAGAUGAUAGCAACAACUGCCCUUGCCUCAAAUGGUCAAAUUUGCCCCACAACCUCAGCUACCAGUACCACAGUAGUGCAGUCGAGUCAACAGGUGUCAGCUGUCCUUUCUUUACCUCAGCCGGUGUCCGUUUCCAAUAAGCCAAAGAAUACUGCAACCCCGCCUGUAGUGAGUCGACCUACAAGAACAACAAGAACAAUGACAAAAACUGUGAUACAAAACCCAAGUACAGGCACCCCAGACAUACAGGUGCUGCGCGAAAUGAGAACGCCACCCCAGUCCCAGGCUUCUUCUGCAAAGGCGCCAGCUACUACUAAUGCCACUCCUGCAAGUACUACAGUGACCAGCAGUGAUAGUAGCAAGAAUUUCCCCAUGUUGGGUGUCAGCGCCAGGCCAAAGAAUACCGUGCCACCAGCUGUUUUCAUGGCACAGAGGAAAGAACUUGAUGCAAAGGUCAAGUCUGUGCUGGUUAAAACACCCCAGGAAUUUGUGGAGUGGCUCCUGGGCGAGGGGCUGAUUCGGACCUCACAGUUCUGUCCCACUCACAAGCAGUCCAACGAGGCACCUGUUAAGCUCAAGUUGGGGAUGUUCUCAGACCCCAAGGUAUUAACAGUGAGCGGAGGUUAUGUGUGGCUCAGUGAGUGCUGUGGGAAGAAGUAUGUAUCAGUGUUCAGCGGCUCCCUCUUUGGCUCCACCCCCAUCGACAAGGUUCCUCCUACUUCGUUGUUGAAGCUUAUUUACCACUGGUCAUGCCAGACUUCCAUAACCAAUGUAGAGACUUGGGUCAAGGUGGACAGAAACUUCAUCAACAAGAUGUACCAGUAUAUGAGAUGUAUUUGCUCUGUCAUGCUCCAAGAUAAGGUUUAUGACUUUGGCUUUGAUGGAACUACAGUGGAAUUGGGCAUUGUAAGCCUUGGCACAAGUACAGCUGACGGCACAAAGAAGGCUGUGAAGGUUGAGAUCCUAGGCCUCUAUGAUCGUAAAAUGAAAUCUUAUCGAUUAUUUGCAUCAGAACCUGAGCCAGGAAGUUCAUCUCGGCAGAGAUUUAUUCGCAUUUUGAAGCCUAUGGAGCGUGUCGUCCAUGCCAAUGCAAUUAUUUUGUGUGAUCUUUCUGUCGAUAGGAACUGUCUGUACAACAUGAAUUAUGCAAAGGUGAGCGUAUGUGAAACCAGUGAUAAUGAAGAUAACCUCCACUCGAAUGCUAGGAUCAUGUCUUACCUAAGACGGCAUGUUCCUAAAAUGUUCCAGAGCACACUAUCACAGCUUACCCUUCAACAAGUACAAGUGGUAUUGGAUGAGCUGUGUUGGCGGGAACGGUAUGGCCAUAGUGCUGCUCAGGCAUAUAACAACAUGAUGGAACAUAUUACGUACCUCACUGCAAAGGAAGCAGAAAACCCUGGUGUGCUGUACCUCCUGGACUUUGUGUCACAGAAUCCUCUCAACAACUGGCGGUACAAGAGCCAGCAUUUCCCAAGGAAUCCCACAGCCCUUCAGCCCUCAGUCAUCAUGACCAGCCCAGGACCCAGUGCCAUCACUCCACAGAUCAGUGUGGAACCAUUGCAUGCAGCCCAAUCUCCAGUAGAACACAGUAAUAAAGUUACUCUGGCACCAAGAAAGACACCAAGCAUUCCAGCAGAAUUACCAAAGAAAGUUCCAAAGCCUGCCAGUGCAUCAGUUGCCACCUCGCCAGAUGCAGUUGAGUUGGAGCCAUUCUAUUAUGGCCAAAUUCAGGGAGACAAAUCACUGGGACAGGAAGUUAAUACAUACACAUACACCUGCCAUAUCUGUCAGAAAGACUACAAGAGCAAUCUAGCCUUCUAUGCUCAUCUCAAACUUCACCUCAAUCGUGUUGAUCCAGAUAACAAGUUUUGUUGCAACUACUGUACUCAGUAUUUUGAUUCAGAGAAGAAACGAGAUUACCAUCACAAAUAUUUUCACCUGCAGAUGGACAAUCGUUACACAUGGUGUCGCAUCUGUACAGAGAGCUUCCAGGGAGAGUACCAGCUGGUGAACCACAUGGCAAAGAAGCACUAUGAGAGUGAACUGCCUUACCGCUGUGAAGUCUGUAACUUUGCCACGUCUAUUUACUAUAGUGUUAUUGACCAUUUCAAAAAGGAACACGAGAAUACACCCUACGUCCAGUGCCACUACUGUCUCUCAGUUAAGACCAUCAAUUCAGCAUCAGCAACCUCCUUCUCACACAGGAUGUACCAGCAUUUACAGAAACAUGCAUCACAACAAGGAAACUGUAGAUUCUGUUGUCUAACGUUCUAUAGUAAGUACUUGUUAGACGAACACAAGAAGAAGGAUCAUGUUAGUCGUGCACAUGUGACUGGUUUACAAAGGUAUAAAGUCCCUCAAGGUGCCAACAAAAUUCUUUUCCGUCCAUGUGUGAAACGCGGACAGCCACGCCCUUGUACUGAUAACUCUCCUGGCAGCCAAACUCCAUCAAAUAUCGUUGCAAUCUCUUCAACUCAGCAAUACCUGGAUAAUGUAACUGUCAACACUGGAGACGAUGACAAAACAUACUACUGCAUUGAGUGUGAUGCGAGCCUUACAUUAGAACAUCAUUUCAAAGCUUAUCAGAAGUGCACCAAGUGUGCUUACGCUACAUGUUGCCGAAGUAUGAUAAGUAAACAUGCUCACGUGUUUCAUCCAAUGGGAAGGACGAGGAGAACUUACUAUAAUUUAGGCCCACCAGUCGUUCUUCCUAAGCCACUGUAUUGUAUUUGUGGCUUUAACACACGAAGUGGGAAUCAUCUCGCUCGGCAUUUGGCACUCUGCGAUGGGGGCAGGAAGUCUGCCUACCCCUCUGUGAUGGAUGCCAUGGUGUACCGGGGAGACCACUUAACUGGAGGAGCCGUAUCCUUGGCUAACUUGGGUCUCAGUGGCCUGGCACUAAGUGGCAUGCUGUCCCCAGAGCUGCUUCCCCAAGCCUCUGAUGAGCCAGGAACUGAGACCUCCUUAGACAUGACACAUUUCAUGAGCAUGAGCAUGGAGGUGGAUGACGAAUGAUGAGCGCCCUGAACUAUCUGUGAGCUCACCAGGUUAGAAAAGUUUAGUGACAAGUAUUUGCUUUUGCUUUUUCUGGAAUUUUGGACUAGUUUUAUUUAUUCAUUCAUUCAUUUAUUUAUUUUAAUUUUUUAAUGAUUGAAUAAAAGGUCAUUGCCUUGACUCUAAUGAGGCAUUGCCACACCUGGAGAUUCUAUAGUGGCAUUGGCUACCAUUUGGAAAAAAUAAUGAUUAGUGAAGACCUUUGUUAGAUAUGUAUGUUCAUGUUUACUAGUUAUUUUGUUAUUAAUUACAAUACUGUAUCUCUUUUGGAAGUCAUAAAAGUGAACUAUUUGAUUGAGUGAUGCUUUUGUAUGUAUUUAUUUUUUUGUUGAAGUUUAUAUCGUUUUAUAUAUAUACAUAUUUCUUGUUUCUUUUUUAUUGCUCCACAAAUUUGCACAAAAAUACAUUAUGAUUUAAGAAUUAACAUGAGAUUAACAAUGAGAUCUCUAGUUUUCUUAUUUUCUUUGUAAGUCAAGUAGUCAUAAUUUGUGUCUUGUGUUCUAUGUGAUAUUUUAAUGUGAUAGGGAUUUUUUCUUCUUUUGCCCAUAACUAGAAGAAAAAAAUAAAAUGGGCAAGAGGAUGAGGAGGUUUGCACAAAUUUUGUAUUGUUUUUACUUAGAGAAUGCUACUCAUUGGGGGUCUUGCAGGGAGUGUUCAAAAGGUUGGGGGGAAAAAAAAGACCUGCGGAUCCAAACUGGGAUCCAGUUUGGCCGAGCAUAUGAAACCUGCUGGAAAGAAGCACAUAUAACAAGUGAUUUAAAAAGGAUUGAAAAAAAGGGGCCAUUUUUGUUUUAAAUGGUGAAGUGCAAUAAUUUUUUCAAUUUCCUGUCAAAAAUUAUGCAUACCUACCAAUCAGUGAAUUGGAAAUGAUCUAAAAUAAAAAUUACGCCGACUUCAGGUUAAAGCUGAAAACUCUUAUUCUGUAUCAGGUCUUGUACUGAAGAUGAAACCAAAUCAAAAAGGCAAAGAACUAUGGUUUGUCACAAUUUUCAGAGGACUUACUAUCUUGCCCAUGAAUGAAUGGUUCAGUUUUCUUUUUACAGUUUAAAUUAAAGCUAAUAAUGAGUA